GGCGGCGCGCGGAGCGAGCACACUGCGCAGUCGGCCUCGAGCUCCGGGCGGCGCGCGCGCAGACACUCCGCGGUGAAAGGACGCAUGACUCACACCGACGCUAGACAUGAACGAGUACGCCGAAUACGACUGGAGGUUGCACCAGAUGCAAAAUGAACGCCUCUGUGACGUGUCCAGGAAGCGGCUCACGGACGGCGACAGACAACGGGCUCUCGACGGCCUCAAGGAAGCCGUCGACUCGAGCCUAAACUUGGCCCUUCGCGACAAGAGUCGCUGUCAAGACGACAACUUCCUUCGGCGGUUUCUGUACGCGCGGAAACACGAUGUGCAACAAAGUUUUGAACUGUUAGUGCGGUAUCAUCAGCACCGGCGAGAGCAUCCCGAGCUGUGGGCGUCUGCGGACGGCGGCGUGCUGCGCGCGCUAGCGGACGGCCUGCCCGGCGUGCUGGCGCAGCGCGACCGCCGCGGCCGCUGCGUGCUGCUCAUGUUCGCCUCCAACUGGACGCCGCACGCCUGCCCGCUGCUCUCUGUCUUCAGAGCUCUGUUGCUCACCCUCGAACGCACUCUCGCCGAAGUACAAAACCAAGCCAACGGAUACGUAAUCAUCGUGGAUUGGACUGAGUUUACGUUCAAGCAAUCGUGCAGUUUGCAAGCGAAAAUUUUGAAAAUGAUGAUCGACUGCCUGCAGGACUGUAUGCCGGUGCGUUUUAAGAGCAUACACUUUAUAGGCCAGCCGUGGUACGUGGAGACGGCUCUGGCCGUUAUCAAACCGUACCUAAAAGCGAAAACGCGGGAAAGGAUAGUGCUGCACGGGAACAAUCUGUCGACGUUGCACGACGCGUUGCCUUUGGACAUUUUGCCCGCGGAACUGGGAGGCGAAGGGCCGUCGUACAACUCGGAGCACUGGCUGCAAGAGUUCGGUCGUUGUGAGAAUAUAGAUUCGAAACCUGUACCGGUGGGUGUAGCGCCGCCGGCCCCGCCGCCCGAGAACGAUCUUCCUACGGCGAAACUCGACAAAGCCUACAAACAAAAGGACAGUCCGAACUUUUCGUUUCACGGCAACGAAAAGAGUGCAAAGUCAGAAUUGCUUCGGGACAAAGAUUGACUCCAUUGUGUUGUGAUGAGAAACCAGCGUGAUUGCAUUAGACAGUUGUGUCUGGACGCCGUCGGGGCGUGUCGGCGCGUUACUUGUGCGCUGCGAGGACGUGCAUUGCAUUUUGUGAUAUCGAGUGUAUUAGUAAUUUAUUUUUAGAAUGCAUUGUAAAGGUAAUACCAAAUUCGGAAAUGUUAGCCAUGGAAUAUGACGUAAAACUUGAAUGACAAGUUUUUGUAAUUCUUUAUCCGUGGUUGUGAGUUCGUUAGCGACCUCGACCUUUGCAAUGAGUAAACCAGGCAUUGCAAUGGUGGGAGCCUCUUAUAUACAAUAUCAAUGGCUGGGCUAUUCAUCCCCAGUACUCGUCCAGCCGGUCAAUUCAGUAACUUUCACGUAAGUUAGCUACCUAAUAGAAUUAACAUCAAAUCAAUAACAACCGAAAUUUUCGUAUUCCGUUAAGCCCAUUGCUGGAUGGAAUAAAUCCAGCGGGAACCUACACCGGAGGGACCCACGCACAACGGCCAAUCAAAUGGCUAAGUGCGGAAACGGCCCAGAAUAAAGAAGAAGAAGAAGAAGCCCAUUGUUAACAAAAAUCACGAUUUCAACUGCAAAAUGUCAUUUUCCUACUCUAUGAUAUCCACGAACGAUUGUCAGUAGGCACCGGAUGUUGAUGAUGAUUAAAUACAUAGUGAAUAUGUGACUAAAGAAUUACUAACAAUAGCUUGUUGGUAAAUAACGUCAAAGUUAGUGAAUUGACCUGCACAGCGCGAGUGUGUGUAACGGUUUUGCGCUUUGAAUGUCAAAAGAGUUCAUUUAAACAUAUUCCAAAUGCACAGAUAAGACACAAAGUUUCAUAAUGAUGAAUUUUAGAAAAAUAAAUUACGCUUCUUGUAUAUUUGCGAGGCUUGUUGCGCAUUUACUAUUAUUUAAGGAAGUUGUGAGUUUUUUGUGCGUACCCAUGUUGUAGAUGAAUAGGAAAAUAAUCUUAGAUAGAUAGUUAGGUACGGAAAGAAUCGUGUCUGGAACGAAUCCAUCUUAUAACUUAAGUUGAACGACCGAAUGCUUGGGGCAUUCAGAAUUAUUUCAUUUUUUAUGCUUACUUUAUUAUGACAAGCGUUCAGUUGAUUUGCCACACACGAUGCACGAAUCAUAUAAAAUAAAAAUGUUUCUCUACCAUUGACUAGCUUAUAUACCUUUAAAUGAUUCAUGUUAGUCAUGAUAUGAAUAUCGUAUUUCCGUAUAUAAAUGGUGCUAAUUUCCUUAACGCUAUCUGUACAGUAAAUUGUGUUUUCCAAUCAAAAUGGCACCACGUGACUGAAAGUCGUGUCAUCUUUUUCCAUAAAGAACACGAAGAAAAGGAUGACACUAUUUUUGGACCAAUUAUUUUAUUUUAUAGUUUGAGUACACUAUAUAUCUGCUAAUGCUUUAGUGUGAGUGGAUAUAUUAGUUGAACGCUUUGAUCUAUGUUAUCUGAAAAAACAGUAUUAUAAAUAACUAGCUGCCGCCGCGCGGUUUCACCCGCGUGGUUCCCGUUCCCGUAGGAAUACAGGGAUAAUAUAUAGCCUAUAGCCUUCCUCGAUAAAUGGGCUAUCUAACAAUGAAAGAAUUUUUCAAAUCGGACCAGUAGUUCCUGAGAUUAGCGCGUUCAAUCAAUCAAACAAACAAACAAACAAACAAACAAACAAACAAACUCUUCAGCUUUAUAAUAUAUUAUAAAUAAUUUUCAAUCUAUGAUCAAAACUAUUAAGUUAUUAGUUCGUUAAAUUAAACAAAUCUCUCUCAUUUCGCACACGGUAUGCUCUCUUGGAAUUAACUUAUUUAAUUAUGUACAAGAAUGUAUAUGUAUAUGUACUUGAUCCGUCCAUUAUACGAAAUGAAUUUAGGUGAGCAGGUUUCAACUGUGACAUUGGACUUCGUAACGCUGCAGCUGUGUUUUUUAAAAGUUAUAAAACUUUUUAGCGAUACAACUAAGCAAAUAAGGUGUUGAUAUAGCAAAACAGUAAGUGGCAAACACUUAGAUUUUUGUAGUAAAACAAAAAUGUAUACAAAAGCAUCAUUUUUGAUACUACUUUAUAGUUAUCUAUUAACUACGAAACAAUCGACUAGAUCUUCAUUUGAAAUGUAAUUUUUGUAAUAAGUCUUAGUUGUCCUGAAAAGCGUAAUGCGUAGUUAGGUAUAUAGGUAAAUAGAAAAAGAAAACAAUUGUUCACUUUUCAAUACGAAUCUAAAUACAAUGCACAGUUUCAAUGUCGAAUGACCUAAACGGAUGGUGAUUGUUUUUUGUCUCCACAUUAACAUUUACCUAUUGUAGAAAGGUCAAUCUCAACUACUUGUGAAUAUUAUUGAUAUGAAUAAUGUGCUAUUCUUCCAAAUCUGAUAUUAUUGACUUGAAUAAAUGUAAAGACAAACGAGAAA